AUGGCUGAACUUCAAGCAUCCCACCCCGAGAAGACGAAGAAGAAGAAAAGCAAGUCCAAGGACGAGCUGGAGGAAAAACCCCAAAACGACGCCGUCGACUACCUGAUAAAGCCGCAGAGCUACACCCCCACCAUCGACACCUCCCAGUGGCCGAUCCUCCUCAAGAACUACGACAAGCUCAAUGUACGAACCGGACACUACACCCCUCUCCCCUCCGGUUACUCCCCUCUGAAGCGCCCACUCGCCGAGUACAUCAAGUACGGCAUCCUCAACCUCGACAAGCCCGCGAACCCCUCCUCCCACGAGGUCGUCGCCUGGAUCAAGCGUAUCCUCCGGGUCGAGAAAACCGGGCACUCGGGCACUCUUGACCCGAAAGUCACCGGGAACCUGAUCGUCUGCAUUGAUCGGGCCACCCGCCUGGUGAAGUCCCAGCAGGGGGCCGGGAAAGAGUACGUCUGCGUGGCCAGGCUCCACUCGAAGGUUCCGGAGGUCUCGAAGGUUGCCCGAGCUCUCGAAACUCUAACAGGUGCGGUUUUCCAGCGUCCUCCUUUGAUUUCAGCUGUCAAGAGGCAGCUUAGGAUUAGAACUAUUUACGAAAGCAAGCUGCUUGAGUACGAUGUCGAUAGGCACUUGGUCGUUUUCUGGAUUUCUUGUGAGGCAGGGACCUAUGUGAGGACUCUGUGUGUGCAUUUGGGGCUUUUGUUGGGUGUGGGAGGGCAUAUGCAGGAGCUGAGGAGGGUUCGUUCGGGUAUUCUGGGGGAGAAGGACAAUAUGGUCACUAUGCAUGAUGUGAUGGAUGGGCAGUGGGUAUAUGAUAACUACAGGGACGAGACAUAUCUGAGGAGGGUGAUUAUGCCUUUGGAAGUUCUAUUGACCAGUUAUAAGAGGCUCGUGGUGAAAGAUUCUGCAGUUAAUGCCAUUUGUUACGGUGCAAAGCUGAUGAUUCCUGGUUUAUUGAGGUUUGAGAAUGAUAUAGAAGUUGGUGAGGAAGUUGUGUUGAUGACGACAAAGGGUGAGGCAAUCGCGCUCGGAAUUGCCGAGAUGACGACAGCUGUCAUGGCCACAUGUGAUCACGGGACGGUGGCUAAGAUCAAGAGAGUCGUGAUGGAUAGGGACACGUAUCCCCGGAAAUGGGGGUUGGGCCCGCGGGCUUCUAUGAAAAAGAAGAUGAUUGCUGAGGGGAAAUUGGAUAAGCACGGGAAGCCGAAUGAGAGCACACCUGCUGAGUGGCUGAGGAAUGUGGUUUUGCCGAGCGGAGGGGAUUCGGUGGUGGCGGGCCUAGCGGCUUCCGGUGUGGAGCCUCAGCCGGCCUCUGAGGAUGGUGAUGUGAAGAAAAAGAAGAAGAGUGAGGAAGAAGGGGGUGAUGAGGGGCGUAAGCGUAAAUUGGACAAUGUGGAUAUCGGUAGUCCUUUGACCGAGAGUGCUGUUAAGAAGGUUAAAGUGGAAAGUGAGGAGGUUAAGGUUAAGGAUAAGGCCGAGGAUGUGGAGUUUGAGGAAUCUGGGAAAAAAGAGAAGAAAAAGAAGAAGAAGAAGAACAAAGAGGGUACUGAUGAAGGUGAGGUGGUGUCUGAUGGUGAGAAAUCUAAGAAGGAUAAAAAGAAAGAUGAGAGUGUUGUGGCAUCUGAUGAGGAGAAAUCCGAAAAGAAGAAGAAGAAGAAGAAGAAGAGUAAGAAGGAUAAGAAGGCGGAAAAUGGGGACUCGAGUGUCGGGCCUGAUGCUGACGAUGAUGGAGCAAGCAAAAGUGAGAAGAAGAAGGAGAAGAAGAAAAAGAAGCAAAAAGAAGAUACUGAGCAGGAGUGA